UUUAUUUUUCCUUGUACAGCGCGGAUGUGCUUUCUCACGGUUGUGAUUGGUCGAUACGAGAAAACUGAAUCUCACUUUUGAGAAGCUGAAACUGAAAUUGAACGUGUCCGGACAAUGGAAAAGAUCCCGUGUAAUGUUCACGGUGGUUUGUGUAUGUUAAAAACCGGCGUGAAAGAUGGACCGAGCAAAGGAAAAAGCUUCUAUGUCUGCGUUGAUAAGCAAGGCUGUGACUUCAGUCAGGUGUCCAGCAUCUCGGCAUCCCACUGCCUCCAGCAUGAAGAUUCAAUGGUGGAGCUCCAAGCGCUCACCUACAGUCAGCAGCAGCAAAGCCACAGGUUAUUCUAUCGGUGUGUUAUAGGUAAAAAAGCAGGCCAGAGGUGGUGUGGAAGCGUACCUUGGACUGUGCCAGACAAAGAAAAGAGAAGCCCUCUAUCUGACAUGCAGCUCCAGCCCUCCUGUCUGCCACCUGUCCGAAAUCCCUUCAAGGCCCUUUCCAAGAUGGACAAGGACUCAGAGUGGAGAGGGAGGGAGAAGGAAAGAGAUAAGACAGACAGUGAGGCAAGUCACAAGGUUGAAGGAAGAGAAGGUUAUCAGAAAGAAAGUGUGGAGAGUGUUGGGGCACGAGUGGAAGAAGAGGAGAGAAAGAAGAUGGAUUCCCCGGAUACUUACCAAAGGAAACCGCUUCCACCAGGCAUGAAGAUAAAGAAAAGAGUUUCAGAUGAGGAGAGAAACGGUCCCAAAGCUAACGAUGUGGAACAUAUGACGGAUAAGAUUGAAAACAGGACUGAAGAGAACCAAACUAUCCAGAGUAAAAUGGAAAAUACUAUUUCCACCUCCAGGGUCACUGCUUUUCCUCCUGAGAAAACGAAUAAAACCUCACAGGAUACUGCCAAAAACUUGCCACUGCAACCAACUACAGAUGUGGUGAAACAAUCUGACUCUACGGUGAAAGAGAGCACUUCUAAAUCUGCACCCAGCAGCAGAGACUCUUCUAACACCAGUACCCCCACAAAUAACCAACCGACACAGUCCGAGUCCAGUCAAACCAAAAAUCACCAAGAUGAUGACGAUGAUGAUGUGGUGUUGGUGUCAGUGAAACCUCCCACUCCUGUCUCUGCUGUACAAAAAACCCUGACCAGCUUCUCGGGGUUUCAGCCAGCGUCUAAGGUCAAAGGUCAACAUGAAGAUCCCCAAAAGCUGCACAGUCUGCUCAGUGCUCAGCUUCAACAGAAAAAGGCCACUCUGUCUGUGGUGAAUGUGGCGGCUCUGCCAGAUAAAGGGGAGAGGUUGAAGACUCAGGUCAAGGAGCUGGAGGACACAUUGGAGUCUCUGCGCCUCACUGCUGCUUCUCAUCCAGAGACCGAGGGUGAACAUCGCAGCAAUGAUGUGAGACCAGGUAGCAGUCAGUUCAACCCAUUCAGUCGACAGGGGGGCACCAUCCUGCUCCCUGCCCCUCCGGCUCCAGGCCCCUCUCUGCACCAAGCCUCCAGCAGUUCCCUGGGGCUCCAGCUGAGCCAGGGCUACACCCAGAUGUACGCAGCUAACCCGCAGGCUCAGGCCUUUUACGGCGGCAGGAUGACCAAUGACCGUCUGCUGGCGGUGAGAAACGCCACCAGCGAGGCCAUCGACCACCUUCACAAAUCCAUGGAGUCCUGCCCCGACGCUGAGGCUGAAGUCCCAGACCCAAAGGGCAUCAAGGUGUCGCUCCUGGCUCACCAGAGGAGAGCUUUGGCCUGGCUGCUCUGGAGAGAAGGCCAGAAUCCCUGUGGAGGAAUUCUGGCGGAUGACAUGGGUCUCGGAAAAACCCUGACCAUGAUUUCUCUCAUACUUGCCAAGAAGAUCAAGGCAAAAGAGGAAGAAGAAAAGAAGGAAGAGAAGAAACUGGAGAAAUGGAUCUCCAAAACUGACUCCAGUCUUGUGGUUUCUAAAGGAACUCUGAUCAUCUGCCCUGCCUCUUUGAUUCACCACUGGAAGAAGGAGAUUGAGAGACAUGUGAAGACGGGCAGGCUGAGUGUGUGUCUGUACCACGGUCCCAACAGAGAGAAAAGUGCCAAAGUGCUGGCAGACUACGAUGUGGUGGUGACCACAUACGGUUUGGUCUCUAAGGAGAUUCCAGUCCAGAAGGAGGAGGCAGAAAAACCAUCCAAGGAUUCUGAUGACGUGCCACUGCACUCGUCUCCUCUUCUGCGAGUGGCGUGGGCCCGUAUGAUACUUGAUGAAGCCCACAACAUCAAAAACCCCAAAGUGCAGACGUCCAUGGCGGUGUGUCAGCUGAGGGCCAGCGCCCGCUGGGCAGUCACUGGUACACCCAUCCAGAACAACCUGUUGGACAUGUACUCACUGCUUAAGUUUCUGCGUUGUUCUCCGUUUGACGAGUACAAACUCUGGAAAGCUCAGGUCGACAACGGCUCUAACAGAGGCAGAGAGAGGCUGAACAUCCUGACGAGGACUCUGCUGCUCCGAAGAACCAAAAACCAGAUGGACUCCAAAGGAAAACCUCUGGUGUCUCUUCCUGAUCGGACCUGCAAGGUGCAUCGACUCAAACUGUCUAAGGAUGAGCAGGCGGUGUAUGAUGUGGUCUUUGCCCAAUCCAGAUCCACUCUGCAGAACUACCUGAAGAGACAUGAAGGAAAUGAUGUGAACAAGGGGAACACGCCCACUUCAAAUCCUUUUGACAAAGUUGCCCAAGAGUUUGGCAUGUCACAGCCUGAAGCUACUGUGCCGAGCUCCCGGCAGGCGUCCAGCACCAUCCACAUCCUGUCCCUGCUGCUGCGCCUGCGACAGUGCUGCUGUCAUCUGUCCCUCCUGAAGAAGACUCUCGACUCGGCGGAGCUGCAGGGUGACGGGAUCGUCUUGUCUCUGGAGGAGCAGCUCAACGCUCUGUCACUCUCCUCGAACCCCUCGCCAUCGGGCCCUGACCCCAAAGACACCGUGGCUCUUAAUGGCACCCACUUCCCCUCGCAGCUGUUUGAGGACACCAGUGAGAGCACCAAGAUUGCUUCUAUUGUCUCUGAGCUCGAGGCAAUCAGGCAGAAGGGUGCUGAUCAGAGAAGUGUCAUCGUGUCCCAGUGGACCAGUAUGCUGAGCAUCGUAAAGGUUCAUCUGCAGCAGAUGGGCUUGAGAUACGGCAUCAUCGACGGGUCUGUCAACCCCAAACGUCGCAUGGACCUGGUGGAAGAAUUCAACACAGACCCUAAGGGACCACAGGUGAUGCUGAUUUCUCUUUGUGCUGGAGGAGUUGGUCUCAACUUGAUUGGAGGGAAUCACCUCUUCCUCAUGGACAUGCACUGGAAUCCAGCCUUGGAGGAUCAGGCCUGUGACCGGAUCUAUAGAGUUGGACAAAGGAAAGAUGUCACCAUCCACAGGUUUGUGUGUGAAGAUACAGUGGAGGAGAAGAUUUCCACUCUGCAGGUGAAGAAGAAGGAGCUGGCCCAGAACGUGCUGUCGGGAACAGGAAGCACGUUCACCAAACUCUCCCUGGCUGAUCUCAAAAUCAUUUUCGGUGUGUGAGGUAUGAGAGAACUGAGGACGCUGUUCCACACUGUCAGACCUGCAGCUACCGCACCAGACUCCUGUUCACAUAUAUCAAAAAUUCAGGAUAGAAAUCUGAUUUGAAUUUUUUUUUAAAUAUAUAAUCUAAUAAAAUUCAGGUGAUAAUUUGCCUAAAUCUAAAAUACAAGUGAGUUUAUUUUACACAGUUUAAUGUCAGAUUUCUUUGUGUUGUUUUUGACUGACCUCUCUCAGCUUGAUCCAAAGCAGUGUUUAUUCCUGCUUUACAAAACUUCAUUGGGUUUAAUUUGCCUUACCAUUUUAUUUCAAUGUUUGAAAUAAUGUAAAGAGCUUUGAGUGGUCAUCAAGACUAGAAAAGCGCUAUAUAAAUACAAAACCAUUUACCAUUUUCUGUAAGUAUUACACUAUCAUUUCAAAGCUGGGAUUUAACUAUAUUUAUUUUAACUGUUUCAUUUGGCUUUAACUUGUCCUGAAACAUCUUCAUACUCUGUAACCUCACAGAUGCUUUUCCUGCCCUGAUCUUUUGUUCCCAUUCAUAAUCGGUGACUUGAUGAAUAUUUUACUUUUCAUGAAGGUGUUUAUAAAAGAGAAAAUCUUGCUUAUCUCAAUAACAUUCUCGAUUACGAAACAGUUUCUUCUAUCAGAUACUGCUAUGCUGAUGUGGCUGUUUUGGUUUCUUAACACUACUGCUACAACUGCAAAUACUUUUUACAUGCAUCUUGAAAUAUGGAUUCUAAAGUCCUCAUACAACUCCUAUACACAACCACAGAUGUGCAUAUUGUCAAUGUGUGCAAAGGCCAUAGACACUGGUUAGCAAGUCUUAUUCUCCGUGUCUUUUGGUCUAGAAUGAUUCUGUGCAGCACUGCAUUUAUGUCCCAUGCUACAUUUAGUGUGACCAAUACUUGAGGAAUAUUUCUAGAUGUGUGUGUGUGUAUACUGCUGUUUAUUUUAUUAUGACACUGAAAUGAGGACCCCCCCCUGUUAAAAGCUCAUUUGAUUUCAGGCAGCUCACUCAUCAGAGGGAAGCAGUCCUUUCUCAUGUCACUUGAUUGAGUUUAUUAACUUUAUGUAUAUUUUCAUAUGGUGUUUUGCUUGGACAUUGUGAUGUAAAUAAAUUCAGGUCAUAGAGAUUAAUGUGUGUGUGUGUGUGUGUGUAUGCGCUUAACAAAGUUAUUUGCAUUGUGAAUUAAAAUGGUCUAUUCAUUAAAAAUGUUAGGAAGAUAUCUGGGGAUAAAUCUUGAUUGUAUAUUAGAGAAGUCAUAAAUAUUGAUUUCCUGAUAUCUGAAUAUGAGUGUGGUGUUUAUUCAAAAUAUUUGUUCAUGCUGUUUCCACAUUGCAGCCACACAUUAAUAAUGACAUCUAUCUUUAUGAGGGGGAAACUGACAUUAUGUGUGCAAACAGAAAAACAUGCAUGAGAGCAACCCCUGCAUUAUACUUAAUAUCUAUAAACAUGUAAUGUUUUCAUCAGA